UGGAACGAGCCUGUGCUUCAUACACGACGUCGUGUUAAAGAAUUUUCCGCCCCUUCGUUAAUACAGAGCCCUCUCGUUUCCACAAAUCUUCGAAUUUCGUCCGUGUCUACUUUUGUUCUCCCACCGGAUCUGACAUCGUGUGAGAAUUCGUCCGAUCCAACCCGACGAAAACCUCAGAUAUCCCAUUCGCGUGAAGAACCUCGCGAUUCUAUGAAGGCUGACCUUGAUCCAGGUCUAGGAACUUCAUCGCUUCGUUCCUGAAAUUAGACGCGAUUCAUGAGGAUAAUAUUGGCUCCGCGGCUCUAGGAUUUCAGAUCUCGCGUCUUGAAGGUGGCUAUGUUAUUGUAGGAUUUGCAUUUAAGUUGAGAGUAGAAAAUGCAUGCCAAAUCGGCACAAUCGUUUCGUGAUCGGACACACGAGUUCCAGAGCAUAGCUGAUCAGCUUAAGAAGUCAUUUUCAUCAGGGUCUGUGCCAAAUGGACCAAGCAGUAGCUCAAAGUCAGAGGAACAACGAUCUGCAGUUGCAAUUCAGUCCGAGUUUAACAAGAGGGCCUCUAAGAUCGGGUAUGGGAUACACCAGACAUCGCAGAAACUGGCAAAGCUGGCAAAGUUGGCAAAGAGGACUUCAGUUUUUGAUGACCCCACCAAAGAAAUCCAGGAACUGACAGCUCUUAUCAAACAAGAUAUUACUGCACUAAACUCUGCAGUUGUAGACCUUCAGCUUCUCUGCAACUCUAGAAACGAGAGUGGGAAUGUCUCUAGUGACACCAAUAGUCACUCAACUACAGUUGUAGAUGACCUGAAGAAUCAGUUGAUGAGCACCACGAAAGAAUUCAAAGAAGUUCUGACCAUGAGAACAGAGAACUUGAAGGUUCACGAGAACAGAAGACAGUUGUUUUCUUCUACUGCUUCGAAGGACUCUACAAAUCCUUUUGUGCGUCAGCGUCCGCUGGCUGCCAGGUCUGCUGCUAGUACCUCAAACGCCCCUCCUCCUCCAUGGGCCAAUGGGUCACCAUCUUCAUCCCAAUCGUUUCCUAGAAAGCAGAUGGAUGGGGAGAGUCAGCCAUUGGUACAGCAUCAGCAGCAACAACAGCAGCUGGUUCCAUUGCAAGACACUUACAUGCAGAGCAGGGCUGAGGCACUUCAGAAUGUAGAAUCCACUAUUCACGAACUCAGCAGCAUUUUCAACCAGCUGGCAACACUGGUCUCUCAGCAAGGAGAGAUUGCGAUCAGGAUUGAUGAGAACAUGGAUGACACGUUGGCAAAUGUGGAGGGAGCACAAGGAGCGCUGCUCAAGUAUCUGAACAGCAUAUCAUCUAAUAGGUGGCUGAUGAUCAAGAUAUUCUUUGUAUUGAUCUUUUUCCUAAUGGUUUUCCUAUUUUUUGUGGCCUAGUCACUGCAGAUACAGAAUUGAAGAGAAUGAAGAAAAUGUUGUUUUUUCACUUGUGAUGAUGUUUAUAUAUUUUCCUUCCCCGUUUUGCUUUAACCAAAUAUUCAUGCAGGCGGAGAUAAAUUAAGUUUCCAGUUUGCCUAAUGUGAUACAUAUGUAUGGAUAAAUGCAAGUAUACAUGUUGAAAACAAUGAGAACUGCAAAAAUUAUUUCUUCA